AUGUCUAAUACAGAAGAUUUUAGUGAUUCUGGUUCUGAAUAUCAGCCUAUUCCUGGAGAAAUUCAUACAGAAUCUGAAACAGAUACAAGUUGUGACGAAAAUAUUAUGAUGCCGUCUAGUCUAUCAGAACCUGGAACAUCUAAAUCUAGAAAAAGGUCAAUCAACAAGGAAAAUUGGACAGUUAAUAAAAGAAAGUUAUUGCGUAAUAGUGGAAAAGGUUAUGUAACUAAAAUGGGAGUGGAGAAAAAUACCAAAAUCUUCGAAAAUAUUGACUGUGGAUGUCCUAAAAAAUGUUAUACGCUUUUUACAGAAAAUGAAAGGCAAGAAAUGUUCGAAUCAUUUUGGAAUUUAAAGGACUUUAAUCAGCAAAAUGCCUUUCUAUAUGCAUUAGUGCAAAAAGCAUCUGUUAAUAGAAAACGACCUAAAGAUCUGUCACGAGCAGGAAAAAACGUUUCGUUUAAGUAUUUUCUCAAAUCUCAUAUUAUGACACAACUGGUAUGUAAAAAAUAUUUUUUGAAAACAUUCCAAAUCAGUGAUGGAAGAUUAUAUCGCAGUCUAUCAAAAGGCGAUGUCUCGCAAUGUAAAGAUAAACGAGGCACGACUAGUACUCGAAAAUUAGAUGAUUCUGACAUUAUUACUCAUAUACAAAGCUUUCCCGCGUACCAUAGCCAUUACACAAGAAAAAGUAAUCCUAACCGGAAGUUUUUAAAUCCUGGGCUAACUAUUCGAAAGAUGUACGAUCUAUAUAAAGAAAAAUGUUUGACUGAAAUGACAGAACCUAAAAAAUUAAAAUAUUAUAAUAAAGUUUUCAACACCAAGUUUAAUCUACAUUUCAAGGCACCGCACCAGGAUACAUGUAAGACUUGCGAUAGCUUGAAUUUUAAAAUUAGAGGCACCGAUGACGAGAACGUGAAGAAAGAGUUUGAAGUUCAAAAGGAACUUCAUCAAAGAAAGGCAGAUUCGGCAAGAGAAAAUCUACAAAUUGAUGCUAAAAAGAUUAAUGACGCAUAUGUACUAACCUUUGAUUUGCAGAAAGCUUUAGCUUUCCCAAAAUUAACUACUUCGGUAGCAUACUAUAAAAGGAAUCUGUAUUUGUAUAAUUUGGGAAUACAUUGUUUUAAUAACAACACGGGGUACAUGAACGUCUGGAAUGAGAUAGAAGGAGGGCGAGGGUCUCAAGACAUUGCAGUCUGUCUCGUGAAACAUUUAAAAACUCACGCGGUAACACAAAAUCACGUCAUCAUGUAUUCCGAUUCUUGCACUGGACAAAAUCGAAACAUUAAGACUACCCUUUCCCUUUUAAAGCUCGUACAAGACCCGGAUACUAGUAUAACCACCAUAGACCACAAGUUUUUAGUGUCCGGGCAUUCUUAUUUGCCUAAUGAUGGGGAAUUUGGGAUAAUUGAGAGCGCAAGUCGCCGUCAUGGACAAAUUUAUAGCCCGGAUCAAUGGAUUGAGAUCAUGAAAACAGCCAAACGCAAAGAACCACAUUUUGUUGUAACGGAAAUAAAAAAUUCCGAAUUUAAAAGCACUGCGGCAUUAGAAAAAUGUAUUACCAACAGAAAAAAAACAACCUGUGGUUACGACUUCAACUGGCUGAAUAUUAGAUGGCUGAGGUUUGAGAGGAAUCAUCCUUUACAAUUUCAAUUUAAAGAAACGCUCAACGCUGACAUGCCCUUCUACAAAGUAGAUCUAUCAAAAAAGCAACAAGGACGACCAGCUUACUUGUACAAUAUUCAACAAGGCCCACUCUAUCCUUCAGGAAGACCAGUCACUAUUGCUAAGAAGAAGGAUAUGCUUGAUCUUCUCCCAUACAUUCCACCAAUUUACCAUCAAUUUUACAAAAAUCUUACUGUAGACAUUCCAACACGGUCAAGCAUUCUUAAUGCUGAUGAACGUUCGUCUGAUGACGAAAUAACCUACGAUUAA